GCUACCCAUAGAGACAAAGAGACCGGCAAGGGCGUUUGCGGCUUUGGACCCGACUUUUGUGGAAAGGAUUGUACCUCGCAGUGUGAUCGCAAAAGCGAAUGUGACGCCGGCUGGGGUAUGCAAUGGUCCAAUGCGUCUACGUGUCCCUUGAAUGUGUGCUGUAGCAAGUAUGGUUUCUGUGGUUCGUCCGCCUGCCCUCCCUUUACAUGUGAUUCUUGACCUUCAUCUCAUUCUCAUAGGAACAACCGAGGACUUCUGUCAAGGCAAGAAGGUGAUUUCCCCCGAAUGCACCGGCGAUUCGGCCAAAGCCAAAACCAUCGGAUACUGGGAAGGCUGGAACGAAGAGAAGAAGUGUGACCAUAUGCCUGCGAAGGAUAUCCCCCUGGGGUACUACACGCACAUUAACUUUGCAUUUGCCUACAUCGAUCCCUCGACCUUCCGCGUUGCCCCUAUGGAUACGGCCACUGCCUCGCGCUAUCGUCAAGUGACAGCUCUCAAGGCCCGUCAGCCUGGCCUCGAAGUGUGGAUUGCCAUUGGGGGCUGGGCCUUCAAUGAUCCGGGCAAUACGGCGACAACGUUCUCAGAUCUUGCUGCCUCCGAGGCACACCAGAAUACGUUCGCUGAAUCGUUGAUCAACUUUAUGGUGGUCAACAACUUCGAUGGGGUCGACCUUGACUGGGAAUAUCCCGUGGAUGACCAACGUGGAGGGAAGCGCGAGGACUACGCGAACUACCCUGCAUCCUACUGGUAUCUUCGCGGAUUCGAUAUCGCCAAUCUGGAGCCCCACCUGGACUGGUUCAACAUCAUGACUUAUGACAUCCACGGUCUUUGGGAUAGAAAUUCAACCGGAGGAGUCGGUUCAUAUGCCUUUGCCCACACGAACAUGACCGAGAUCAACUCGGGCCUUGAGCUCCUGUGGCGCAAUAACAUCAACCCGGCACGGGUCGUCCUGGGUCUAGGUUUCUACGGCCGUAGUUUCACGAUGAAGGAUCCCAAUUGCCUCACGACCGGAUGCCCCUUCAGCGAUGGCGGCCGCAAAGGCAGGUGCACCGAUACCGAGGGAAUUUUGUCCGGCAGGGAGAUCAACCAGAUUAUCAAGGAUGGCGCCAAAGUCACAUUUGACAAGGAAGCGGCCGUGAAGAUGGUAACCUGGGACAAGGACCAGUGGGUCAGCUGGGACGACAAGGAAACGCUGAAGCUGAAAUAUGACUUUGCCAACAAGCGUUGUCUAGGAGGAACGAUGGUGUGGGCGGUGGACUUGGACGAUGGCACAUUGAUUGAGGCACUUGGAGAAACCAUGGGCAAGAACAGGACCAAGCAUUUCAAAGAGUCAAAUCCGUUUUUCAUUCAGGAGAUUCUCUGA